GGAGCUCUGAGAGACCGGGAAGAACUGGAGGCUGCCCUCCGCUCUCCAUAACAAAGGAACCGCAAUGGAAGAUGUGAGCUCCAAAAGGAUCAGCGACUUCCUAUCGAAAUGCGUCAAGCUUGAGGACAACGAAGGGGAGCCUUCCCCCAAAGAGAUCUUGGAAGUUCAAAGUCUCCCUCUGCUCGCUCCAUCCUAUCCUCAGACAGUGCAAGAGGAGAUUUCAAUGGUUUUCAAUACUUGUGCAGUGCCGGCCAAUCUGGGCCCCUGUGCCAGGAGGCGGCGCGAGAAAGGCAACGGCCACGAUGGGACCAGCACGUCUCUCUACGUUGACCGCCGGAAGUCCAAAGUGUGGAACUACUACACCAAGCUGGGAGACGCUUAUGUAGAAUGCAACGUCUGCAAGAAGCAGUUGUCCUUCCACAACAGCACCACCACCAUGAGGGAACACCUGGUGCGCAAACACAGCAUCCGCGACACCCUCCUCUCGCAACUGAAGGACGACCAGGUGCCGGACCCCGACUACGUGGCUCAGGAGAAUGCCAUAAAAAGAGCUCGCCAGCUGACCCCCGAGAACAAUAAUCCCUACCACGCGGUGGCCUGCACGGAACCCAGGACGGACGUGAUUCUGGAACUGGUGCUAGAGAUGAUCUUUCGGGACUUGCAUCCGCUCUCCGUAGUGAAAGACAAAGGUUUUGGCCUUCUCAUUGGCUACUUGGAACCUAGCUUCGUUCUCCCAUCCCCUGUGCAGCUCUCUAGCAUGCUCUGGCAUCGAUACAACGUUGUCAAGCAACACCUAGAACACUACUUGCAGACCGCUCAGUCAAUUGUCAUCUGCGCCGAGUUCUGGCUGUCUCACCCCAACCAGAGGUACCUGACCAUUGUGACAAAUUUUAUUGACGGGGAGUGGCGGCGGGCGAGGUGCAUCCUAGAAACCCAGCAGGUGCACGAGAACAAAGAGGAGAGCAACCUGGGAGAGAGGCUGUACGCGGUCCUCACGGACUUCGGGUUGUCCAACAAAUCAGUCUUCUGCAUGAUGCAUGACAGCCUGCAGGAUCUGGAGGCCAAUUCGUCCCACCUGAAAUGCGUCUACGGCUGGACCAGCCUGUGCUGCGCAGCUCACCUGCUGCACCUUUGCGUCAAGGCCGGCCUCGAAGUGGAACAGGUGCAGGAAGCAUUGACCGCGGCUCGAAGCGUCGUCCGUUACUUCCAGCAAGACGCCAAGGCUACUUGCUCCCUGAACAGCAAACUGGAAGCCAUCAACAAAACUAAGCUGAAGUUGGUGACGGACACUGGGGCUCGAUGGAUAACAACCAUCGAGAUGUGCGAGUGCCUGCUAGACCUCAAGUGGGCCAUCAUGUCUGUUUUGGAGGAACAUCCCAAAGGACCUUCAGUGGUCCAGAAUUUGGCUGACAGCCAGUGGAAGCUCUUGCAGGACCUGGUGCCCGUGAUGAGGACGCUUAAGAUCGCCACAUCAUUCUUGCGAGAGGAGCAGAACUUCUCCAUCUCCUCCCUGAUGCCUUGUAUCCAUGGUAUCGUCACCGCCAUCGGACAGCAGUCCGAAGAAGCCAGCGGCAUCAUCAAAAUGGUGGUCAACAAUAUCAGAGGGGAGCUAACCCAGCGUUGGGGUAUUUUGGAAGACAAUAAGUUGCUGGAGAGCCCAGCGGUCAUUGCGUCGUUUCUAGACCCUCGAUUUAAGGAAAUGAGGUUCCUCAAUCCAAGUCUACGGAGCGAGUUGCACAAGAAAGUCAAGGCCAUGUUGUCUCAGUUCUUCAAUCCUCAGACCCCGCCGACCAACCCAUUCUGGGUGCCCAAUUCUGAUUACAAAGCAGAGGUUAGCGAAACAGUCAGCCAGCUGGCUGCUCAUAAAGAGAGAGGUUCAAGUGGACAAUCUCAAAGUAUGUAUGACAUCCUUUUGGGAAAAGACCCUACGGAAAGCAUGCCCGAGAUCCAUCAACAGCUGGAGAACUACAUCGUAGAACCUCUCUGCAAGCGUAGCACUAACCCCUUGGAUUGGUGGAAGAGCAACGAACACCGGUUCCCCUCGGUGGCCCGAUUAGCCCGGCAAUAUUUGGCUAUACCGGCAACAGUUGUACCGCCAGAUCAGGCCUUUGCCGCUAGCGAAAGUGCACUGGAGCACCGGAGAGGUGUGCUGGCCCCCGAAAACCUGGACCAAAUUCUUUUCUUGCACCAAAAUUUUGACUUUUUAGAAUCGAUGCGAAAUGGGAACGAGAACCUGAGUAAGUCUGGGCACAGCCAGUACUGAAAAAAAAAAAAAAAAAAAGAACAGGCAUGGAAAGAGCAUAGAAAAGUAGCGUAUCCUGACGCAGCCAAUAUCACCGGGUAGGGAAGGAAGGAGGAACAGGAUGAUCAGUUUUUUAAAAAAGAAUUAAAACAUGAUUUUCAGGUCACUUUAGUCAAAGUGGAGUGGGGUAUGAGCUCACCUUUCAAUUUAAAAACCAGUUUGCCUACUGCCUAAGCUUUCCCAAUAAUGCAGAGUAUCCUGUAACCACCAAUUACGGUUAGUGCUUGAAAAUAACCAUGAUUUAUAAAAUGCCAGAAUAUAUGCCUGCUUUCCAAAGUGUUCCGUUUAAACAGACAGCCCUGGAGGAACCUGGGUUUCGUUUCCAAGUCAUAAUAAUGGCCACUCGCUUUGAAAAGGUUCAUCGAGAUAAAACUCGUAAUGCUUAUUUAUUCCGUUUUAAUCCUAUUUAGCAAGUAACUAGAUGCAAAAGCUAGGAAAGCCCAUUUGGCAAGUAUCUGUCGUUGUGUUUGUCUCCAGUCAUACCCCAGCCCAUUUUCACAGCUCUGCCGUUAACAGUUAGGGCCACAUCACAUGCUACCUUAAAAGUGUGGAAAGAAAUACCACUUGGUUCAUCUACAACAGCGGUUCUCAACCUGUGGGUCGCGACCCCGUUGGGGUUCGAAUGACGAUUUGCCAGGGGUCGCCUAAGACCAUCGGAAAUAUGGGAAGUAUACUUGCGAGUCGAAGAAUCGUGCUCCAAUGGUUGACUCCACAAGCCAGCUGCAGGGCUCUUCAAAUCGCUAGUCGAAUUCGGCUUCAGGCGCGAUGAAUUAAAAAAGAGAGAGAAAUCUUUGCUCUGAUGUCUCCCUCUCAAGCCAGCUGCAAUCACUUCCAAUCGCUAGCCUAAUCUGGCUUCAGGCGCGAUAAUCUUAAUAGGGGAGGAGUCUCCGCUUUAAUGCCUCCGUCCUGUAUUAAAGGGGUCGCAGCAUGUAUUAAAGGGGUCGCAGCAUGUAUUAAAGGGGUCGCAGCACUAUAAAGGUUGAGAACCACUGGUCUACAAUGAGUGUAGAUUAUUAAUUCUAGUUUCAGGAUCUCCGGGAUGCCCUGAGGUUGUCCACAGUGAUUGCAAAUGUGAAUGCAAAAAGCUGGCCACGAUGUAAGGAAGUGUAAGACAGCAGCAAGCAAACGUGUUUUUAAUGAGUUUUACGGCUCUGAAGAUAAUGUAAACACAACUGCAGCCAUUUUUAUUUAUUUUUUAAAUGUCCUGCUCUCAGGCGUGUAACUCAAACGACGACAAGACCCCUAUGGAAAGAGAGGUAGACAGCAAUAACUUACUGGAGUCUGAAUGACGAGUCAAGUUCUGAAAGGUUUUAGUAUCCAAUUUACUCGUCCAUUGAUUGAAGGUGUAUUUGUAAUCCUGGUUCCCUCCCUCAAUGGAUGAAGUCAGAAUAAAUGUCCAUAGGAGGAAAUUGUACAGUGGAACCUUGGUACUCGACUGCUUUGAAACUCAUUGAGUUUUUGUACUCGACCCAUUCUGAUGCGAAAAUUUUGCCCCGGGACUCAUCGUUUGUUUAGUACUCGAUGCACAAGCUAGAACUUGUCGGUGUCGACUCACUACAUUAUUCCUUAUGGGAAAAAAAUGGUUUAGUAGCCACUGUUUUUGGUACUCAUCAUGCCUCUCAGAGACAAUUCAUGAUGAGUGCCAAGGUGUAUCUGGCAGGGAGGGGUUAAACCAAGUUCCCUUAACCAGGAUUAACAAAUUAAUUUCGGUUUGAUGUUCCAUAGUUUGUUUCCUCUUUCCUAUAAGGGCUUGUCAACUUAUGCAAAAUCGUCGUGCAAUAAACCGAAACAAGGUUAACAAGAUAAGCACCGAAGGCUAUUCAGCGCGAUGAAUUGAUUCGGUGGGUAAAAUAAAAUAAAAUAAUUCAGUUCAUCUGUCUGGUGUUGUUACUGGGCACCGCUGAGGUUGACGUAAAAUUAUAUUGAAUACGUACACGAAGAAGCCUAGCAAAAUACAGGUAGUCCUCGAGGUACAGCAGUUCGUUUAGUGACUAAUCAAAAUGAUGGCGCUGAAAAAAAGUGACUUAUGACCGUUUUUCAGUUGCGAGCUUUGAAGCAUCCCCGCGAUCGUGUGAUCAAAAUUCAGAUGCUUGGCAGCUGGUUCACACUUACGUCCAUUGCUGUGUCCCCUUUUGCGACCUUCUGGCAAGCCAAGUCAAAGGGGAAGCCAGAUUCACAUAACAACCAGGUUACUAAUUCAUCAAUGGGGAAAGACUUACCGUAUUUUUCGGACAAUAAGACACACCGGUGUAUAAGACGCACCAAGAUUUGGAAGAGGUAAGUAAGAAAACAAAAGUUUUUGCCCUCCUUGGCCCCCCAGGAGCACUCUGCAUGCCCCCCAAACCCUCUGCGCACCCUGUUUUUGCAAAAAACGGGCCCAUUUUUUGGAAAAAUGGGACAAGCCAGGCAGGGUUUCGGGAGGCCAAAAAUGGCUCUAUUCGGUGUAUAAGAUACACCAACAUUUCCACCCUCUUUUAGGGGGGAAAAAAGUAUGUCUUAUACCAGAGGUUCCCAAUCUUUUUCGCCCGCGGCUCCCCCGGAAAUCCGACCUGCAACUGCGCAUGCGCACCAGACGCGCCCGCGGCUCCCCCGGAAAUCCGACCUGCAACUGCGCAUGCGCACCAGACGCCCCAGAAAUGGCGCAUCAGCGCCGGACCCAGCGGGCGCAGAUAUUCCGCGGCGCCCCCAUGACGAUAGCGCGGCUCCCUGGGGAGCCGCGGCUCACAGUUUGGGAAUCACUGUCUUAUACUCCAAAAACUAUGGUAUAACAAAAUUGAGGCCAAAUUUUUCCUUGCUAAGCAAGGCAGUGGUUUAAAGUGAGUUUGGUCCCAUUUUACUACUACUUUUUUUUGGUUAAGCAAAUCUCUGGGGUUGUUAAGUGAAUCAUGCAGUCAUUAAAUGAAUCUGGCUCCCCCCCCCAAUUGACUUUGCUUCUCGGAAACCAGCUGGGUUAUUGCUAACAUAGUGUAAGCCGCCCUGAGUCUUCGGAGAAGGACGGGAUAUAAAUGCAAAUAAAAAAAAAAAUGAGGAUCACAUGACCUCGGGAAACUGUCGUAACUACCUGCCGGCUGCCAAGUGCCCAAAUUUUGAUCACGUGACCAUGGGGAUGCUGCAACGGUUGUUAAAUGUGAACAUUGGCCAUAAGUCCCCUUUUUUCAGUGCCGUUGUUAACUUUAAACGGUCGCUAAACGAAUGGUUGUAAGUCGAGGAUUUACCUCUAUAUAAUACAUUCCGAUGUUGUAAAAAGCCAGGGAAACAGCCUUGAAGCAAAUCCUUGGAAUCAUUCUGUAAACAGGCAGAAGUAUUUCUUAAAGGGAAGGGAGAUGAUAAGGAUCAGAUCCCCCUCUGAUUCGAUGGGAUGCAAAUUUUGUUCCGGCCUGUUGGGAAACUGCCAGUCAAGCUGAAGGAGGAAUCAAACGAGGGCCUAGCUUGGCAUCCUUGCAUAGCUAAAAGUGGCAUAGGCUUAAAGCCUUUUCUGGUUAUUCCCAGGGGAAGGCAAGCAGUCUGGAGAGAUUCUUGUAACAUAGGUGGGAGGCAAUAAAGUUAUGGACUUCAACUAUUCACGUGUGGCUCUGGGUGCUGCUUUCACUU